AUGUCCAAAACCUUCUCCACAGACCUCUACGGCGACCACAGCGGCCGCCACCCCUCCAUGGGCGACCUCAAGAACCGCCUCUCCGUGCAAGUCAAAGACAAGCUUGCUAAUGAAGUCGCUGAAGACCCUCGUACAGCCUACAUCAACUACGAAGGCAGGAUCCGAAAGGUCAAAGAGCACGGCAAGCUUUACGAGAACCCGUCGCACGAGGAACUCACCUUUGGUCCGGAUGGUUCUGAUACCGGCAGACAUGGUUGGCAUGGCUGGACUACUGCCCAUUUGCGGGUGACCUUUGAUGCUGAGGAUAUUUGA